CCAUUGCAAGUUUGCAACGCAAGUUCCGUUUGGCCAAGUUGUAAGGUUUUGGAUAAACAAAGAGCAUGGCUACUGACUCAAUUCGCCUCGUCCUCUCUUCAGGGUUUUCCUCCUUUUUCCGAUUAACGGCUGGAAACGCAGCGGACUCGCCUUAAACUUCUGGAAAAGGAAGUUUUCGGAGCACAUUAUUUGUGAAACUAAUCAGAGGUCAAGGGAGGAGCUAUUGGUGGUGGUUGGGGGUGGAGCAGCUGGGGUUUAUGGAGGAAUUCAAGCGAAGACGGUGGCUCCCAAUCUGAGCGUUGUAAUCAUUGAGAAAGGAAAGCCUCUUUCCAAGGUAAAAGUUUCAGGAGGAGGCCGAUGCAAUGUUACAAAUGGGCAUUGCGUUGACAAUAUGAAAACUAUCCUAGGGGUCAUAAAGAAUUUAGAGGAUCGUUCUUCAAUUUGCAUGGCCCAGUGGAUACCAUGUCCUGGUUUUCCUCUCAUGGGGUGGAAUUAAAGACCGAGGGCGAUGGGAGGGUUUUUCCUGUCAGCAACAAUUCUUCUUCAAUAAUUGAUUGUCUCAUGUCUCAAGUAAAGCAAAAGGGAGGCUGAACGUUGUAUCCUUGAUCAGUUAGUAUGCAGACCAGAAAAGCUGUAACCUCAGUGUCUGUUGCUAAUAGUGGCAAAUUCCUUCUCAAUGUUCAGCAGCAAUUAGCUGAUAAUGUUGAACGAGUUGAAGCAGAUUAUCUAUUGAUAGCUACUGGUUGUAGCAGGCAGGGUUACACUCUUGCAUCUCAGCUUGGACAUACAAUUGUAGAUCCAGUGCCUAGCUUAUUUACUUUCAAAAUAGACGAUUCACGAUUGACAGCGUUAUCUGGGAUUUCAUUCACUAAAGUUAAAGUGAGACUGAAAUUAGACAAUGUCCAAAGGAAUAUACCCCAACUUACACAGGUUGGCUCCAUGUUAGUCACACACUGGGGACUCAGUGGGCCAGCUAUUCUUCGGUUAUCUGCUUGGGGAGCUCGUUAUCUGUUCAGUUCAAGCUACAGAGGGAAACUGAUUGUUGAUUUUACUCCAGAUUUGCAUGAAGAAAAUAUGAAGUCUAUCCUUUCUCAUCACAAGCAUCAAUAUGUGAAACAAAAAGUGUAUAAUUCAUAUCCUCUUGAUUUUGGCAUAUCGAAAAGAUUUUGGUGUUAUGUGUUGAGCCAACAGGGUUUAGGCGGAGAUAUCUUGUGGGCAUCACUGUCAAAUAAUUCAUUAAUUUCUAUUGCUUCAGCACUAAAGCAUUGUACUUUUGAAAUUGCAGGCAAGGGUCAAUUUAAGGAAGAAUUUGUUACUGCUGGUGGUGUUCCCUUGUCAGAGAUCUCAUUGAAUACAAUGGAGAGCAAAAUAUGUCCGCGUUUGUUCUUUGCAGGAGAGGUGCUAAAUGUUGAUGGGGUUACCGGUGGUUUCAAUUUUCAGAAUGCGUGGUCGGGGGGAUACAUCGCCGGGACCACAAUUGGAAGACUAGCGCAUGGCCCUUGUCUUCAAUCACACCGAAUUGUAGAGCAUCCUGCUUGAUUCUGUUUGCCCAUUUCUGUGUCAGCUUAUACUUGGAUACCAAAUCUUGGACACGCGCGCCUCAACAAUUUAUUACUCUCAAUAUUAUUUUCCUGUUAGGGGCCCCCAUGAGCCUUUGUAAACUUGUAAUGGAUCAUACACACACACACACACACACACACACACACACACGCAUGUAUGGGAAUCUGUAUUGUUAGAUCAUAUAUAUGAGCAUUGUGGGGUCUAAUUAAAAGUUAUUUUUUCAA